UUUUCUUUGCUUCUGUUUCUCUCACUUUUACUUUCUCCUUUGACAUCUUUGGAUAGUUUCUUCGUUCUCUUUGGGUCCCCAAAGCACUUGUGUUUUUCCCUCAUAGAGACCCCAUGUUGAUGAAAUCUCUAUCCACGACUCCAAUCCGUGUUUCCUAAUUCCUUGCUCUUUUGGGGGUUUGCUCGUUCUCCCUAAAACGAAACUAAGUCUCCUCUGUUCUACUCUGUUACCAGAUUGUUUCUACAUUUACGAUUUGAAAGCGUUCCAUCAUGAAAAGCUACACUUCCACCAAUGUUUUCAUUUUUGCUAUCUUCGUUCUCUUCUCGGCUGCUUCGUGCUCUGAUGAAGAAAUCGAACAAGUUUUAGCUCCAAUGGAGCAAACAGAGCAAGAAGCUCUCUACUCUGCUGUUCAGGGCUUUGUCGGGAAAUUGUGGAAUGGUUCAGACCUCUAUCCUGAUCCUUGUGGGUGGACUCCUAUUCAGGGGGUGUCUUGUGAUCUCUUCAAUGGUCUUUGGUAUGUGACAGUACUGAACAUUGGACCUGUUCAUGACAACUCACUUAGUUGUUCUCCAAAUGCAAAAUUCAGACCACAACUGUUUGAUUUGAAGCGCCUAAAAACCCUGUCCUUUUCCAACUGUUUCAUGUCACCACACGAUCACCCCAUUCAAAUCCCCACUGAGAAUUGGUGGAAGCUCUCUGAGAGCUUAGAGUCAUUGCAGUUUCGAUCGAAUCCCGGUCUUACUGGGAAAAUUCCCAGCAGCUUUGGUGGCCUCAAAAAGCUCCAAUCUUUGGUGCUAGUAGAGAACGGGUUACAUGGUGGGUUACCAAGUAACAUAGGUGACUUGGUGCAGUUACAGAGGCUAGUUCUCUCUGGAAACUGGUUUACAGGUUCAAUUCCUGCUAGUUUUGGUAGGUUAAAUCAGCUGUUAAUCUUUGAUUUGAGCCAGAACUCAUUAUCUGGGCCUUUACCAAACACUUUUGGAAGCUUAACUUCACUCUUGAAGCUUGACUUGAGCAACAAUCAUUUAGGAGGGUCAAUAUCUCAAGUUGGUGAUCUGAAGAACCUGACCCUUCUGGACCUAAGGAGUAACAAUUUCUCUGGUGGGUUGACCAAGUCAAUGCAAGAGAUGCAUGCCUUGGAAGAGAUGGCUUUGUCCAACAACCCAAUUGGUGGAGAUCUCAACACCCUAGAGUGGCAAAACAUGGACAAGUUGGUCAUUUUAGAUCUCUCCAAAACAGGGUUAACAGGGGAGAUUCCAGAGUCCAUAUCAGAGUUAAAGAGGUUGAGGUUUUUGGGUCUAAGUGACAACAAGCUUAGAGGUGACCUCUCACCAAAGCUUGCAACUUUGCCUUGCAUUAGUGCACUAUACCUACAUGGGAACAACCUGACAGGGAAGCUUGAAUUCUCCGAGUCGUUUUACGCAAAAAUGGGGAGUCGUUUUGGUGCUUGGAACAACCCUAAUCUCUGUUACCCUGAUGCAUUGGUCACCAAGAGCAAUGUACCAUUUGGGGUCAAGCCAUGCCAGGCUGAGGUCACAUUGCUUGAAUCCAAUUCAAUAACAAAGCUGGAAAAUGCUGGUUUGAAUCAAAAAUUUUACUUCACUACGUCUUUGGGAUUCUCAAAUUGUGGUGGCAUUGAUGGGAUCUGGUGGCUUGGUGGGUUGCUGCAAUUAAUAAUAGUUCUGCUGUUGAAUUGGUUCAUUUAGGUUGUUGCUAGCUUGUUCAGUCCAGAUCAGAACUAACCCUUUUAGCUUGUUAUAGUAACU